CCUUCAACAAGUAAUAAUAUUAAGAUUUAAAAACCUUCUUAAGUCUUCCAAUAGUCUUCACUUUACCAUCGAUAAACCAAACCUAGUAUCUUCUCCCUCUCUCUUCUUGUUCUUCAACAACAACAACAUCAUCGUCCCAAUUCAACAUGAAGAUCACUGUCAUGACUUCUGAUGAACAAAUUCUCAAUUUGGAUGUUGAUCCCAACGAAUCUGUGGAAAAUGUUAAGGCAUUACUUGAGGUUGAGACAAGUGUGCCUAUUCAGCAACAACAGAUUCUGUUCAAUGGGAAUGAGGUGGGCAAUUCCCAGAAAUUGAGUGCCCUUGGUGUUAAGAAUGAUGAUUUGCUAAUGAUGACCGUCUCUGGCGCCGGUGCCGGCGCUGCCGCUUCUAGCGGAUCUACCAAUGAUUUGAGCUUCAAUACUGAUGGAUCUGCUAUAAACCCUGCUGCUUUUCAGCAGCACUUCAGACGUGAUUCUAAUUUGAUGGGUCAGCUCUUUCAGAAUGAUCCGGAGUUGGCACAAACUAUUCUGGGCAAUGAUCUCAAUAAAAUCCAGGAAAUUUUACGACUGCGUCAUCGCCAAAGAAGUCAAUUACAGCGUCAAAAAGAAGAAGAGUUGGCUCUUCUUUACGCAGAUCCUUUUGAUGUUGAAGCACAAAAGAAGAUUGAAGCUGCCAUCCGCCAGAAAGGAAUUGAUGAUAAUUGGGAAGCUGCACUUGAACAUAAUCCUGAAGCUUUUGCAAGAGUGGUCAUGUUGUAUGUUGACAUGGAGGUUAAUGGUGUACCACUGAAGGCAUUUGUUGAUAGUGGAGCACAAUCUACCAUUAUAUCAAAAACCUGUGCUGAGCGUUUAGGAUUGCUGAGGCUUUUAGAUCAGCGUUACAAAGGAAUGGCUCAUGGAGUUGGCCAAACCGAAAUAUUGGGUAGAAUACAUGUAGCUCCAAUCAAGAUUGGGAAUAUAUUUUACCCUUGUUCGUUCUUAGUGCUGGACUCUUCCAAUAUGGAGUUUCUCUUUGGGCUGGAUAUGCUCCGAAAGCAUCAGUGUAUAAUUGAUUUGAAAGAAAAUGUUUUGCGAGUUGGUGGAGGAGAAGUUUCUGUGCCAUUUUUGCAAGAGAAAGACAUACCAUCCCGGUUUUUAGAUGAGGAAAAGUAUUCCAAGGAAGCUUCAAGCUCAGGAAGCCCACUUCCAGUUGCAUCGGGGAGCAAUAAUCCGUCACAAGGAGGUGUGUCUUCUGGAGCUUCUGGUGACAAGUCUAAGGACUCUGAGUUUGAAAGCAAAGUUGCAAAGCUUGUCGAGCUAGGAUUUGAAAGACAGGCAGUUAUACAAGCUCUUCAAUUAUUCAAUGGCAAUGAGGAACAAGCAGCUGGGUUUCUUUUUGGGUGAUGAAAAGAACAUUUCAUAUUUCAAAGAAAGGAUUAAUUUAUUUUAGUUGAUUUUCAUUUUUUUCCAAUUUCAUUUCAAAUUGUAAAAAACAAGUUAUAGACCUGAUUUGAUGAAUUGAUGACAUUUACAGUCUCAACUGUUCAUACUGCAAGGAAUUUUUCUAUUUGAUUGAUGGCUAAUUUAUUGUUUCUCAA